ACCCUACUGCCAAGCGAGAACUGACUCCGUGUGAAGGUGCAAUGAUGAGGAAUUUUAUCGUAGUUAUGAAUAUCCUGGCACUAACUCUGCCCUUUUUGGCUGCAGAGGUGCAAAACCCAGAUUCAAACUGCCGUGAGAAGAACGAAGUAGUGUACGAUGUGCAAAGAGUCCUAUACACACCAGUCAGCUCUGUCCUGUACCGCAAUCUUUAUGAGCCGAAUUACUACCACUACAGGACCUCUGUGCCUGUUAGCCCAUUUGUUCUAAAACUACUUCUACUUCGGUCUCCAGUCCAAAUCCCCAAAUGGCAACCAAUGCCAAAUUUCCCCCAGCCCGUCGGAGUACCUCAUCCCGUUCCAAACCCAUCCUUUCUUGCCAUUCCCACAAAUGAAAAGCAUGAUAACACCGCCAUUCCAGCCAGCAACACCAUUCCUCCCAUCGUGUCCACACCAGUUUCUACCACAGAGUCAGUGGUAAAUACUGUGGCCAAUACCGAAGCUUCCACAGUGCCUAUCAGUACCCCGGAGACUGCCACAGUCCCAGUGGCCUCACCUGCAGCAUAAAAGCGCAAAGGAAACAUUGAAGAAGACAGUCAAGGUCUGAAACCAAAUUCCAACUUCAAACUCUUCUUCAGGGAUUUGUCUAUCACCAUUCAAGAGAAAAUGCAAUUUUCACAGAUUCAGAUCUUUUUCUUCUUCCUAUACAUUUUACAUUGAAGCCACAGUUAAUUUUGUUUGUUUUUUUUUGAUUCUUGAAGAAUAAAGUUAAUGAAAUGCAA